UCCACGCCCCCAAUCGCUUUUCCCCCGUGAGCGGUGACAUCACACGAGCGGCCCGUGUUGGUUCCAGCUGACUGAGAGAGGGAGUCAGAAAGAAGGACGAAAAUAGAGAGAGGUGUGUGUGUGUUCGUGUGUGUAUGUGUGUGUGAGAAAGAGAGAGAGAGAGCGAGAGAAAGGGAGGGAGAGAGGGAGAGAGGGAGGAAAAUAAGAGCCAUCAGUCUCAUCUAUCUGACUCUCAUACUACUGGAUAUUAUUUUAUUUUUUUCGGGGGGGGGUCUCUUUAUUUCCUUCAUCUUAUAUUUUGUCGCUCAUAUUUAAUCACAAGUUUUUUUUUUCUAUUUUGGAGACUCUUCGCCUCGACUGUUUCUAAUCCUCUCUCACUACAUGGAACUGUAUGGCCAUCCGCGUUUGAAUCUGCUUUUAUUUUAAUUUGGCUUUCCCCCCUCCGGAUUAAAAAUCAAGCGACCGACCAACGGACCGGACCCGAGCGAGAGUUUCCUUUAACACUAACUCAAAGAGGACUUUACUCGCCGCGAGCUCCAGGAUCCAAUCUGUCUUCCUGUGUGCGCGUUCAUUAUUGCAGAGUUGUUUCAAAGAGGUGAAGGCUCAGCCAGAACCGAGAGGAUGAAUUAGACUCGGCGAACAUGGUGCCAUUUUGGAGAUAAGUCCCCCCUCUUUUAAUUUUGUACACCUUUUUUCUUCAUGGGACGGGCGGAUAAUCGGGAUUCCAGGUGGAGAUCUUAAACGCGUUACCUGCCCGCGCACCUUUGUGACGACGCGCCUGUCAAUUAGCGUCACUAAUUGGAUUAUUUUGAUCUUGAACUUAGAGUCUGCAGGUUGCUCUUCUCUACCUCCUCCCCUCCCUCACCUCCCACCUCCUCCUCCUCCCCCCUUGAAGUUAUGUCAAGGCCUCUCACUCAGCUCUUACCGCCGGAUCUCCCUGCCGGGGCCACCAGCCCCCAGCUUGGGGCCAGCAACUCGGCCGGAAGUGGCACCCAGGGAGGACACCUGACCUCCAUGACCAACCUGAAGACCCUGCUCCAGCUGCCAAUCAAGGCCGACCAGAUGGCCAAGGACUGCUGCGAGAUGAAAGAUAAAGAUAAGCCUGCGGAAUCUGAUGAGGAAUCAAAUCCGGGUGUCAUCACCGGAGGGCCAGGUGCUCCCAGUGCGGCCCCAGGGGCCCCUGGAGCCCCUGGGUCUGGCCCACUGCGUCCCAACUCCCAGUCAGCGUUCCUGGGCCCGCUGCUGUGGGAGAGGACUCUGCCCUGUGAUGGAGGCUUGUUCCAGCUGCAGUACAUGGACCUGGAGGAGUUCCUCACUGAGAACGGGAUGGGCAUGCACAACAACGGGCCCAGCUCCACCCGGGCCCAGAUCCCCUCCCAGAGCUCCCAGUCAGCGGUGCCCAACCAGAGCUCCCAGUGCCCUCGCAGCUCUCCCCCGCCCUGCUCCUCCUCUUCUUCCUCAAUGUCCUCUUCAUCCUCCUCUUCCUCAUUGCUGGGACUGGAGAACGUCCAGCCUCAACCGCCACCACCACCACCCCUGCCACCUCAGCAGGAACAAGGCAUGUUGGGAGGACCUGAGUGUCCAGAUGGUGGUCAGGCGGCACCUCAGGACGCGUCCCCCACAUCCACUACCUGUCCACCGGGACCCUCCGGACCCCCGGCGGCCGCCAACGGCAGCAAUGACGUCAUGGUGAACUUUGACCCCGACCCAGCAGACUUGGCGUUGUCCAGUGUGCCGGGACAGGAGGCGUUUGACCCUCGGCGGCACCGCUUCUCUGACGAGGAGCUAAAGCCUCAGCCGAUGAUCAAGAAGGCCCGAAAGAUGCUUGUCCCCAAUGAACAGAAGGACGACAGGUACUGGUGCCGGCGCGUCAAGAACAAUGAGGCGGCAAAACGCUCGAGGGACGCCCGGCGGCUGAAGGAGAACCAGAUCUCGGUGCGCGCCGCCUUCCUAGAGCGGGAAAACGGUGCACUUCGUCAGGAGGUGGCCGACAUGAGGAAAGAGCUGGGCCGCUGCAGGAACAUCAUCAACAAGUACGAGAAUCGACACGGAGACUUGUGAGGCAGCGGCGGAGGAAGAGAAAGAAGACGUCGAAGGAGAUAGGGGCGGGAGGGGAGGAUGAAAUGAGAAAAGGGUACAAGGCAAACCCGACAACAGCAGCACUUUAGUUGAAGUGGCGAGGGGGGCGGCCGACGUAGAUCUGCAGUAAGCGCUGUGCGACACCGGGCGCAAACACGAAAAGUGUGUGCACGCUGUGCUUCAGGAUGUCACGAACGGGAAAGCACAGCGACGCCAUCUUUUCCAGUUUGGCUCCUUUUUUUUAACGUGAUGCUUCGCUGAAUUCCACUCGACGUACUGUAUCACCGCGUGUCACCUCGGCAGCUUACGUCACCCUCGGUGCUGUGCUUACACCCGGUGUCGCACGGCAUUUUUGCAGGUAGUGCGUCCCGGCUGCUACUCCAGCCAGUUCAAACAGGGUGUUGAAUUCACAUUAUACCAGUGAAAUCUCACGUUAUAAGCUCAAGGCACGGAUACAAGCCAGGAGAGGUCAGAUGUGUAAUUUUUUUCUAUAAAUAGGACAAAAGAACAUGUAUAUUUUUGAAGUGGGCAGGAAGGCAAGACUAGUCCAGCAAAGAGGAGGAGGUGCAGGGAUUUCGUCCAUAACCGCAAAGAGAUUUUGACAUAGGAUUAUUGUAUAUUUUUCUAUUAGCAAAGAUAGUCAGGAGGAGGAUUUUGGAGAUACUCUUUUGUAUAUUUUAUAUAUGGGCGGGGAGGGGCUUAGCUGGACAGUCAUGGGGCCACACAAAACACUUUUCCUCCCAGCUGUUUAUCGCAAACAACAGAUAAUCUAUUUUUGAUUUCACUGAGCUGGUUAGGCGUGGGAGUAACAGAGAAUGUAUCACGGUUGAAUCAGGUAUUUCACUUGCUGCGAGAAGAGGCGGGGUAUCUUAGUAACGAUUGUUCUCAGCGGGAGCCGUUUGGGCGAUGGCAGGGGGAAGACGGUGAAACAAAAAUUGUACAGUUUUAAGAGAUUUUUGUGUUUGUUUGUUUCCUUUGUGGGCUCGUUAAAACACUUGAUUUGUUAUCUUCUAUUUGAUUCCGUGUCUGAUUUUUUAAAUGAUCGCAGGGGCUUUUAUUUUUGAAGGAUAAGGAGAAAAAGAGAGAGGAAAACAGGAAGUAAUUAGCCAUCAGAACAGCUGGAUGUGAGCAGAUGUUUGAAACUAAAUAAAGGUGGAGAAUUUUCGCUGGCAGGUUUGCAUUUAGUUUGGUGUCUUGCUCUCGCACAUACACACACUCAGAGAGACAGAUAUCAAUAACACAACAGUCUUUCUCUCUCUGUUUACUCCUUGAUUUGUCCAGGAUGUGCAAAAAUGAAAUACUAACUGGUUUAGGGUUGAUUUGCCCAGAUUGAACAGUGACUGAGACAUUCAGCAUGCAGACACACAACAAACACCUGGACACACACAGUCCUUACCCAGGUUUGAACCCUUGUUGUUGUUGUUGUUGUUGUUGUUGUAAUGGACUUCUAUGGUGCUGAUCUGAUCUAAUCCUUCACCUGACACUCUCACACAUACACACACACACACACACACACCCUAAUUACACACAUGCAAACACUUCCACUGUUUCAAACACAGUACUGAACUGUCUAUACCCUUUCUUUAUCUUUUAUUCCUUCAUUUUAGUUAAACAUUUUUCUUGCUUUUGUUGCAUAUUGUAUCGAUAAAUCGUAUAUAGAUUUACACACAAACACUUGUCUAUACCUCUCCUUCAGACUUUACCCAAUGAGAAACAAGACAUGCACCCUACUGCUACUGUACCAUACAACUGUACUAUUGAAUAUUAAGCUAUUCUCUCACUAGAUAUAAAUAUAUAUAUGUAUAUGAUAUAUGCUUGAAUUAUGUGAUUAUAGUUGUAAUAUACAUAAUUGAAUAUAUUACAGAAAAUCCCAAUGGAAUCAUUUUGUCCGUUUUUCUCAGGUGUUUUUGUCUGAGGUAUUAAAUACACAUAUAAAAAAAAACACAAAACAAGUCUUGGAUCAGAGAGUUUGUGGUUUGAUUGGAUUUGUUUUGGGGAGGAAAAACUAAAAUGAUGUUGGAUUUUUGUUUUUGGAAAGCAUUUCCAAGCUGUUGGGUUUUAUUGUUAUUAUUCUGUUGUACCCCAAUUUAUUAUUAACGCGCUGUUGGAUAGAAAACUUUCCCGAAGACCAACUGGCCGUUCAUCAAGCCCCACCCCCUUAAGUUGCUAUGUGUUAAAUUCUAAAGCUUCGCAAACACUUUUCACCAUGACAACAUUAUCUUUAGCUAGCUAGCUAACAUCUCUACAAUCACUCUUGUUUUUUUUUUACUUUUAUUGUCAUUACACAGUACAGGUACUAUGUAACAAAAUGGUUUCUCUGCAUUUGACCCAUCCUAGUGUUAGGAACAGUAUCUCAUUGAAGGAAGCCCAGCCACUAUUGUGAUGUUGGAAGUUAUUGAUUUAUUUUUUAGAGAUAACAAAGUUAGUUUUCUUUUCAUAACGGGUUAAGUUGUAAGUUGUAGCUACCUAGUUAACAUUAAGCCAGUGCAAAAUCAGUCUUGAGUCGCACGUUUUUAAUAUUUCUGACUGAGUUGUACGACAUUUGCAAAAUUGUCUUAAAUGUGCAUUUAAGAGUAUCUCUUUUACUUUAGCGCAAUGCAAUACUUCUUUAACAUGCUUAGAACUCCAAAACCAAGUUACAAUCACUCAGCUAGCUAUGAUUGGACAGUCACUCUUUGGGGGAGAGGUUUAGUGAAUGGUCAAUUUAAAGCGUGUGUCUUUGCUUAGAGUUGGCGACUAAUUGGUACUUGAAAAAAAGAUGUCCUGUUAUCUGAUAUACAGCCAUAGUUGCAAGUAUUAUGAUUUCUUGAUUGUUUUAUUCAGGGGAAGCUGUGAUUUGCUCACCUAAAUCCCUUUUUGAUUUCCAUGAACAACUUUUACUUGAUUUCCCAUGCGCCUGUUUGCUGUUGACACCUUCAACAGAGACUUAACUGAAUCCCAGUUGUGUAGUAUUAUGGGAGCUGUAGUUAUAUCCUUGAUAUAUAUAUAUAUAUAUAUAUUCUUUUCUUUGGUAUUUUCUUUCUGGGAAUAUGUUUCAACCUGAUCCACAGAAACAAACAUUUGAAUAUAAUCCCUUGAAGAAAAGUCUCAGAGCUUCUUACACUUCCAUCCGUUAAUGGAAGAAGAAAGCCAUGUGGUUUUUCUUUUUGAUAUCCGGGAUUUUUGGAUUUCCUCAGACAUUUUGGAAACUUUUUGACAGUGCUAUUUUUCUAUGUAACUGUGUUGUUGAGCGUGUUGCAACUUUUUUCGGUGGUCGUUUGAGGCCUACUUUUCACGUGGUGGCAAUGACAGUUGGCUGAUGUACGAUGAAACACAGCAUUGCGGGUAAUAGUAAAAUCAAUAAUAAUAACGAUAAUAAUAAUGUACACAGCCUUGUUAUUUCUCCUUCAAUUUUGUGGAUUACCAGCCAUCUUCUCCAUGUUGUGACUGACUGUUAUGAACUACAAGUCCCAACACUACCCUGACUCCUCACCCAUAUUGUGUGCUGUCCACAGGGAUGAUGGCUUUUCCCCCUCCAAACACCAAUAAAGGCUUAUCCUUACUCACUGACAGAGUU